AUGUCUCUUCCACAGUGGCUUGGAAAACGAUCACGAAGGGAAGACUCCCCAUCUUCAUCAUCUGAUGAAUCACUAGAGCAAACAAGUGAUGGAGCAGAGAGUACAUCUACAUCAUCAAGUAGUAGCACAAAGCGUUAUGUGAAGUCUUGGGAAAGAACAUUCCGUGGGUCUACUAUGAACCUGUCACAUAGCCAUAUUGAGGCAAUCCAGAAAGAAGCAGCCAGUACAAGUUGUCCUAGUCUUCCAGCUAUGGUGCGGCAAAGAAUGGAAUUAAAAAAGGAAGCUAUUAUUUCUGCUAUGCGCAACAUAUACUGGAUUGCAACAGAGGAAGUGGCACUACUUAAGUAUGAGUCGUUAAAUGAGCUUGUACAGAUCCGAGGAUGUGCUGCAUUGAAAGAACUAUUUGUCACUAAAAAUGCACAAUAUUCCAGUCAUCAAAUUGCUGAAGAAAUGCUUGAAGCGAUAUCUUCCUGUAUUGAAGAAUCAACAGAUCUUUCACUUCAAGCUAGUCCAUUUAUUGGAGUCAUGGUUGAUGAAUGUACUGACAUUGCUACUGUAUCUAAUCCGAUUGUUUAUGCUAAAACAUUCAAAGAUGGAGAUGUUCAUACUAACUUUUUGAAGUGUAUGCAGAUGGAAGAAGAUAAAGCUAUUACUCUUGAGAAGGUAUUAGGUCUUAGCACUGAUGGUGCACGAGCAAUGACAGGUUUAAGAGAGGGACUAACUGGUUACAUGAAAAGAGCAAAUCCAUAUAUUGUACCCAUUCAUUGCAUUGCAUACCGCCUCUCACUUGCUACUAGCCAAGCAUCUAAACAAAUCACUUGCUUACAGAGAUAUAAGAGAGUACUCGUUUCUAUUUACUCUUACUUCAGUCACUCUUCAGUAAGGUUAGACAGGCUUCGAGAAAUUCAAAAUGUUCUUGAUAGUCCAGUUCUAAAAUACAAGCAACUUUAUUAUGUUCGCUGGCUAAGUUUACAUAUUGCUGUAUCUGCUGUUCAACGUACACUUCCUGCACUUAUUAGUUUUUUUGACAAUGAAGCCAGUCAAUAUGAAGACCCUGCAGCUAGAGGACUUACUAAGCAACUAUCAACUUACCAGUUCAUUACCACAACAAAUCUUUUGUGUGAUGUACUCGAUAUAAUUACAAGACUAAGCAAGAUCUUUCAAGGAACAAAUAUUGCUUUUUCUAUCAUACAGCUAAUGGUGAAUUCGGCAAUAAGAGCAUUACAGACACUGCAGAGUAGUCCUGGUCCUCACCUGGCAUCAUUUCUAGAAGAGAUUGGCAGUGAAGAAGGUCAAGUUAUCUACAAGCAACAAACAAUAGAAGUCAACUCAACACAAAAAGCUAGUUUUGAGACAGUUAAAUCCUCAUUUAUUGAUGAGAUAAUAAAGAACCUGAAGACCAGAUUCCCCCAAGUGGAGUUGAUGACAGCAAUAAAAAUACUAGACCCUAGGAACCUACCUAAAAAGGAUGACAAAAUAGAUAGUUAUGGAGACAGUGAGUUAGAUGUCUUGCUGCAAUACUAUACUAACAACAACACAAAUUCAGAAGCUGAAUCAGUCGUUCAACAUUCAACAGUGCCAUUUGACGUGACUACAUAA